AUGGUACGGUAUAUCCAUUGCAGUCCUCGAGCUGGAAGGUCUGGCACCAAGUCCGUUUGCAGGCCGGUGCACUGGCUGGGAGUGUAUCCCGGAACCCAGAAACAUUACAUCCCUCAGCCUUACCGUCACCGUUUGUCUUCUGACAUCCUGACUUUUUACUGCAGCCUAAUUCUAGCCGACUACGGCGCCGACGUUGUCCGAGUCGACCGACCAGUGUCACCCUUCGGCCCGCCUCGCGAUACGCUAUGCCGCCACAAACGGUCCGUUAUCGUCGACUUGAAAAACGCCCAAUCUCGCCAUGCAUUUCUCGAACUCGUCAAAGUCGCAGACGUGCUGAUCGACCCGUACCGCCCGGGCGUGAUGUCCCGACUCGGUCUUGGACCCAGCGAUCUUCGCAAAAUCAAUCCGGACCUGAUAUACGCGCACCUGCAUGGUUUCAGGCCAGACGGCAUCUACGGCGCCCGCGCGGGCCACGACAUCAAUUAUCUUGCCGCGUCGGGCGUGUUGGGCCUGUUUGGACGGAAAGGCGAAGUACCGUCUCCGCCGGCAAAUAUCUUGGGAGAUUUUGCGGGCGGCGGAUUGGUUUGUGUCGUGGGGAUUUUGAUGGCGCUGAUGCACCGGAUUCGCCAGAAAACAACAACGGCCGGCGGCAGUGGCAGUGGCAGUGGCAGCGGCCAAGUCGUCACGGCGAACAUGGUCGAUGGAACGGCGUAUCUCGCCACAUUCGCUCGGCAGCAAUUAGGUCAUGAGAAUUGGGACCGUCCAAGAGGCGAGAAUCUGUUGGAUGGCGCGGCGCCGUUUUAUGAAGUCUAUGCCACGAAAGACGACAGGUUUGUCGCUGUCGGCGCGCAAGAGCCACAGUUCUACAAGGCGCUCUUGGACGGGUUGGGACUGGAAGCUUCCAAAAUGCCGCCGCAGUGGGAAAGGCAGCAUUGGCCUGACACGAAAAAGUUGUUUGCGAGCUUGUUUCGUGGCAGGACUAUGAGGGAGUGGCGGGAGGUGUUUGACAGUGUGGACGCGUGCGUCACGCCGGUUUUGGACAUGGAUGAGACGGAACAACCCCUCAAGCCGUUGGUCGAAUUGUCAGAGUCGCCGGGGCUCGAUGUGAGAGAUCAAGAUCCAUAUCCUGAGCUUAAAAAGGGCGAGGGUGCCCAAGAUGUCCUUCGUGAAUGGGUCCCAAAUGCAGUUACGCACGGUUCGAUAGAGAUACAUCCUGAGUCGGGGCUUCUGGUAGCUGUCAAACCCAGGGCUAAGUUAUAG